AUGGCCAGCCGAUUGAAGGAACAUCCAACAAGCAAGUUGCCCAACCUGAAGGAGCCUAAAGAAGUAAUGGAUGUCAAACCAGCCGACUCUUGGAUGACCCCCAUAAUCAGAUACUUGGAACAUGAUAAACUUCUAGCCGAUAAGAAUGAAGCACGCCGCCUGAGAGCAAAAGUUGUAAGAUUCACCAUAUACUUGGGCCAACUCCUUAGGAAGUCAUUCUCUGGCCCCUACCUCAAAUGCACAAGCCUAGAGGAAGCCAAAUAUGUUCUCACCGAACUCCAGGAAAGCGAAUACGAGAACUAUGCAGGAGGACACAGCCUUGCCCGCUGGGUGAUCACUGCUGGUUAUUAUUGGCCAACUAUACGCACUAACUCAAAAUCCUAUGUGAAGAAAUGCAAUAGCUGUCAAAGGUUCGCCCACGUCUCACACCUCCUACCUGAACGACUCAAGUCUACCCUCACACCUUGGCCAUUCAUGAAGUGUGGGAUGGACAUAGUUGGAAAACUCCCAACCGCAUCCGAGCAACGAGUCUUCAUAUUGGCAGUCACUGACUAUUUUACUAAGUGGAUCGAAGCCGAAACACUCGCCUAA